CGGCGCAUCCUGGGCGCGGAGCGCGGGCGGGGCGCGGGGCACGCCGGGGGAUGCAGUCCCGGGAUGCGGCGCCCGCAGCCGCCGAGCCCUGAGCGGAGGCCGGGACGGCGAUGAGCGCCGCCGCCGCCAAGCCAAUACUGUACAGCUAUUUCCGAAGUUCCUGUUCUUGGAGAGUGCGAAUCGCACUGGCUCUGAAAGGAAUUUCCUAUGACCUGGUCCCAGUGAACCUCAUUAAGGAUGGAGGACAGCAGUUUUCUGCUGAAUUCAAGGCACUGAAUCCAAUGCAGCAAGUCCCAGCCUUGAAAAUUGAUGGCAUCACCCUUUCUCAGUCACUAGCUAUAAUUAAUUACCUAGAAGAGACACAUCCUCACCCCAGGCUCCUGCCCCAGGAUCCAAAGAAGAGAGCCCAAGUCAGAAUGAUCGCUGAUCACAUUGUCUCUGGCAUUCAGCCUCUCCAGAACCUGAGUGUCCUGAAACAAAUGGGGGAGAAAAAAAUGGAAUGGGCCCAGAACUGUAUCAUGUCUGGCUUUCAAGCACUGGAGCAGAUUCUGCAGCACACUGCUGGACGCUACUGUGUGGGGGAUGAAGUUUCCAUGGCUGAUCUGUGUUUAGUGCCUCAAGUUGCCAAUGCUGAAAGAUUCAAAGUGGACAUGGGUCCAUAUCCCACAAUAACCAGAAUAAAUAAAGCUCUCUUGGAGUUAGAGGCCUUCAAAAUAAGCCACCCUUCCCGGCAGCCAGAUACUCCUGCAGAGCUGCGAGCUUGAAGCCCUUGUACUCACUAAAUCUAGAAAGCUGCCAUGAUAAAGAAGACAACACCUACAGGAUGAGUACGACUUCAGUGCCAGUAGGAAACCCCAGUACUACUGUUUCCCUUUCAUCUGGAUGGGAAGGACAGAGGACCUGGAAGUAGUGUGGAUGACUUCCAGGAGCUAUGCCUGUGCUGGAAUACCUGCAGCUAAUAGAUUGCAUAGAAAAAACUAUCUCCAUGAAGCAGAUUAAAGCAGAAGUAUCCAUAAUGAUCAGAAGUUCCCUCUGUAUGGCUUUGGGUUGGGGAAUGUGGCCACAAACAACUGUCUGUACUCCCCACAGGGGCUACUUCAUUCUACCAUCUACAGAAAGAUCAUCAGGGAAUCAGUGUACACAGUGUGCUUAUCCUUGGAGCUGCCUCAGAGCCACAGCACAGUCAUCAGUUCCAUGGAUAUAAACAAUCACAUCUAGUCUCUGAUGGAAUAUAGCUAAGCCAUUGUUGGGGUCUUGAAAGAGUCAAGUUGGCAACUCUGUCACCCCUUGCAAUAACAAGAGCAGUCACACAGAACUUAUAAAAGGUCUGCCUAGAGCAAAGCUAGGUGAUGGUGCCUUAAGACAGCAAGGCACAACCAGCUCUCUCCCCUACAAUGAAACUUAUGUUCUCUUAUUUUUCCCAUCCUCAGAUACUGCUCUAGGUGGUUUCCUAGCCUUCAGCUGCAGAAUGUUUCCCAAGGAAAUCCCACCCCAGAUUCCCUCCAAACCAGAAUCAUGCCUGUACUUUUACUGUAAAAGAGCAGCAGUAAAUACCAUUCCACUCAUCCCAAAUGAAACCAAACACCUAAGUCACCUAACAAAGCUGAAAGCACCCUGGGAAUUCCAGCUAAAACCUGUAGGGCAAGAAAGGAACCCAUAACCUUUGUUUGUGUUCUUGUGCAGAGUCACCUCAGAUCCCACUGAAUGUUUUGGCACCUGAGCCCAGAUACUCUAUAUCAGGUACCCUAGGAAAACAAUACCUAUGGCCUUCAAACUUUACAAACCCACAAUCUCCUGUACCAAGGUGCCAUUCAUCUACAUACAGAUACCUGGACUA